AUGGCAGCGCGCCGUGCAUUAAAGGCUGUUUUGGUGGAUCUCAAUGGCACACUUCAUAUUGAGGAUGCAGCUGUGCCAGGCUCACAGGAAGCUCUUAAAAGGUUGCGCAGUACUUCUGUAAUGGUUAGGUUUGUGACCAACACGACUAAAGAGAGCAAGCAAGACCUGUUGGAAAGGUUGAAAAAAUUGGAGUUUGAUAUCUCUGAAGAUGAAAUAUUCACAUCUCUGACUGCAGCCAGAAGUUUAGUAGAACAGAAGCAAGUCAGACCCAUGCUGCUUGUUGAUGAUCGGGCACUGCCUGAUUUCAAAGGAAUAGAAACAAGUAAUCCUAAUGCUGUGGUUAUAGGAUUGGCUCCAGAACAUUUUCAUUAUCAAAUUCUGAAUCAAGCAUUCCGGUUACUUCUGGAUGGGGCACCUCUGAUAGCAAUCCACAAAGCCAGGUAUUACAAGAGGAAAGAUGGCUUAGCCCUGGGGCCUGGGCCAUUUGUGACUGCUUUAGAGUAUGCCACAGACACCAAGGCCACAGUAGUGGGAAAGCCAGAGAAGACAUUCUUUUUGGAAGCAUUGCGGGGUAUUGGCUGUGAACCUGAGGAGGCCAUCAUGAUAGGAGAUGAUUGCAGGGAUGAUGUUGGUGGGUCUCAGAAUGCUGGCAUGCUGGGCAUCUUAGUAAAAACUGGGAAAUACCGAGCAGCAGAUGAAGAAAAAAUUAAUCCAGCUCCUUACUUAACUUGUGAGAGCUUUCCUCAUGCUGUGGACCACAUUCUACAGCAUCUACUAUGAACCACUGUGUGCAUCUGAAGCAACUUGAAACGCAGCUUUUAGUGUCUGGAACGAAUCCCUUACCAGCUCAGCGCCAGCACCAUAGACACACACCACUCAGUGCUGAUGGUGUUGUAACCCUCUUUUAUUGUGCAUUAAUUAGAAAGAAAGGUAUUGAAUUGCAGCCAGCAACUAAGCCUCGCUAAUCCCUUUUGUUUUAUUUUGUAACAAAAGAUGAGACCCAAAGAAAGGGAAAGCUGAGAUUUUUGUGCCAUUCCUCUUAAAAUAUUCAUCAGGUUGGGCAGGCCUGGGAGGGAGAAACUACUGCAGAGGAAAUGUUCUCUGCUAUCUUCUCACUGGAAAACAGGGAGAGGAAAUUCAGACUGUAAAUAAAAUUGAAUGGUGGUUUUUAAAUUAUAAAGUAAUCCAUUAAAAGGUGCAUUAGGCUGUAGUUUUAAUAUUCACUUCAACUGUGAAAUCCAUCAGAAGUGCCAAGGAGAGUAUGAGACAUAAGCAGCCAAGCAAAUUGUCCUAUAGCUGGAGUGAUACAGGAAUUUGCUUUAACAGAUGUUGAAAACUAGAUUUUCUACUGUAUUCCCAGCAUGGGUGACUUCUUUUUCUCUUCAUUAGCCAGAGAUGACUAAUUUAAAUUUAGAACCAGAUUUUAAUUUAAAAUAAUAUUUCCAUUAAUAACCUAUUCAUUGCAGAUACCUAUUAUACUGUGUAACAGUUGUUUUGGAAAUUUUAUGUAAAAUUAAAACUAUCAGUAUUUUACAGAUGUUUUAAUUAGACAUUGUUAUUAACAGGAACAGUGCAGAAACUAAAAUCAAGCCUUUAAUGUCUUAUAGACCAUGCAUUUUUGAAGUUAGUGUCCACCAGGGUCCUAUUAACUGUACAUUUGCAAGAUUUCAUUAUUUUUGCCUCUGACACUAUGGGAAAAAUCUUUUAGACGCUUUUGGGACAGAUUCAAGCUUUUAUGUACUUGGUUACUACAGCUGUAAAAUGAAAUCUCAUCUUGUAGAAUGGAUUAUUCUUAUGUUAAACCCACCAAAAUGAAGGGGACUAAAUAGGUAAUGAUUUUCCUAGUGCAUUUGCAUAGUGUGAUAAUCCUGGGCCUCCACAGUUGUUUUACGGGGCUCUUGGGCAUUGAAUUAUUAGAAUGUAAUUGUACAUCAUUGUAGUGUUCACCGUAUUGAAACUCACCCUGAUGUUAAUGAGCUUCUGGUUUUGAUGCUUGUUUAGAGAUCAGCUUGGUCUUGGAUGGAAGGAAGGGGAGCUAAAUAAACGAUAGUCUGCUGA